UGACUUUCAAGUCAAAUGGAAUCAGGGUCAGCUUGGGAAAUCUAACCUGGAACCAUGCAUCUAUCUACACAAUCCCUAAUUCGCCCAAACUAUUUAGACAACCCUCGGAUGAAUGAGCCCACUGUCUUAAUUGUUACAACUUUGCCACAAGCUAGAACUCUAUUUCUAGAGAACAACUGUUCCUCAAGAAGCAAGUACUCUCUCAUAUCUGAUGAACUCAUGCUUUCUUCUGUUCUUCCAUCUCUUUCAAACCUUCUCCAUAUAAUAAUCAUUUCCAUCUUUUGAAUCUCCAAAAGCCAAAAGCUCCUUUCUUAUCCAAUUCUUUUCUCUUUUGAACCUGUUUCUCUUCAAAUCUCCCUUUCCCUACUUCAUUGGCCUCUCCAGGGAUCUCAAAACAGCAUCUGUAAGCUAUAUAUAGUCUGCCAAGCUUCUCCAGACCAAGCCCUUGUCUUGCUUCUGCAAUUUUUUUCCUUCCCAACUAACAAAGCUCCAUGGCCACUACUACAGUCACAUUAACAUCAACCUGCGAUGCCAACCUUUCCCGUUCCUUGGCAUACGAAAAUAACGAUACCCAUGUACGUGAAGCCUCAUUUUCUUCUUAUCUCAGUAGCACGGAAGAGACUUUCAUACUAAAGCUUGCCGAGUUGACUCGGAAUUCAUCUCCCACCAUUUCUGUACCCCAAGAACCUCCAUCUCACUACCAAAUAAGCUUAGAAAGAAAGAAGAGUCGUGACGGUGAAAUCAGUGUAUUCGGUGCUGAAAGAUACUUCAAUGGCGGAAUGGAUGACGAUACACCACGAAUUGUUGAGGAAGUUGCCGCAGCGAAGCAGCAUCAGAGAGAUCAUGAGCGUCCCAAUCUCCAAUUCGUGAAAACCAGAAUCAAGCACGGCACUCCCAGUACCUGUUCGGAAGUCAGUGGGAACAGCCAGAGUGCGUUACUGCCAAGUUUCUUGAGAGACCAAUCUCCAAUUAAGCAGAACAGGUUACAAGCUAAGAGAUUUUUUGCCAGUCUGGGUUGCAAUUACUGUUCUUGUUCUGAUAAGAAAUCUAUCUGCGUCGAAGAAGACAGUAAGAAUUCAAGAAACUACAAGGGCAAUGUCGAUUUUGGAGGGUUUUAUGGAAAAGAGAUGACCACAAAGGAACCCACUAAAACCCUUCUUCAAGGUAAUCCUCCCAUUGAUCUGGUUGGAAUUCGAGUCAAGCAAAACCAGUUCAAAGAAGACAUGCUCUGCGAAAAGUUCGAUAAGCUGCGUUUCUCUAUGGUGGAUCAAGGGGAUGAACAAGAAGAAGAGAAGCGGAGGAAGUCACAGGAUGUAUUUGGAUACCCAAUUAGAGAAGUGAAAUUGAAUAAUCAGGACAGAGGAUUAAAUUUGUUACCUUGGGAUGGAAUUCCCAAAAUCAAGGACAGCCCAGCAACAUCUGGUGGAAAUGGAAUUUACGACCUAGACAUGGAGAGCGAUGCGAGUUCGGAUUUGUUCGAGAUCGAGUCUCUCUCAGGAAAUACUAAUCGAUGUCUCACUCGACAAGCAUCGGAUGGCAUGUCAAGCUGCGUGAGUGGUCCAUUUUACGAGCCAAGCGAAGCGAGCAUCGACUGGAGCGUCGUCACCGCCAGUGCUGCAAAUUUCUCAACUGUUUCGGAUUAUGACGAAAGAGGGUCAGUUUCAUCAACUCUUAAAAACCCUAAUAUGAUCUCAAAUACAACCACCACCACCACCACCAAAACCACCAUGACCAAGACAAGAACAACCUCAACCUCAACCUCAACCUCAACUUCAGCCAAUAAGGAACGGAGACCAAGUAUAUUAAUGUCAGGUUGCAGGAAUCACAAGGCAGUAAAGGUAGCAGCUGAUGCAUACAAGAUGUCUGAGAAUAAGGGAAACCCAAACACAAAGAGGCGACAAGGCUUGUCUGAUCCAUUGGUACCCAUCUCAAGGUUUCAAGCAGAGACCAAGGCCAUCGACUUUGAAUCAACCAAUCGAAACUGGGGAGCUUUCACUACAAGGUCACUCCCCCAAUCGAAAUCGGCACAUGCUUCACAUUUCCUGUACAUGCAGUAGCCCAAGGACCAUGCCAGGAAGAAAUCUGCCUUUAUAAGUUAUUGUAAUAAGUUAAUGUCAUGAUUUCUUCAGUUCUCUAUGUUUUGAAUUUGAUACAGAAAGCACAGUAUCUGUGACCUUCUUGUUCAUCAAUGGAUCUGGAAUUCUUGAUAUCCAAAAUUUAGGUUUUAAUAGUGCACCAA